UCUGAAAGAGAAAACAAAAUGGCCCAGAAUUUUGGUGAAAGGAACAUCGAUCUGAACUGUGAAUUUGUAGUUCCUAAAUCCGUUUCAAUUGCUCUUGCUGAAAUUUCUGCUAUUGAUGAUGAUUCCCAGAAACUCUUGAAGCUUUACUCCCUUCUUCAAGCCUUAGAAGAAGAGGCAAAGAAAAUCUACCUCAACAGACGUGAACUCCCUUAUACUCUGAGUCUUCUCACUGAUGAAAUCGAGAAGGUGAGGGGGGAAUGUUUGAAGGUUAAGGGAAAGGAAAAGUUACCGGCAGUGGUAGAGGAGCUUUUACCAAUGAAGGAUAAUUUUGAUAAAGAGAUCGGGACAAAACGGUCAAACGAUCAGGGUGACACGAAAAACUGGAUGAUCUCUGCCCUGUGGAACCACCCUGGUGGUGUCAAUGGGGAGGAGGAGGAUGCGUUGAAAAGAGAUGCUUUACCAGUUCCCUGUUUGUCGCUGUCUCCGCCGUCGGUGCCGCCGUCAGUGGUGGCUUAUAAAAGCUCAUCAUCUCGUUCCCAUUCUUCAAAGACGAUGAAUAAGCAAGAACAGAGGAAACAGAGGCGGUGUUGGUCGCCGGAGCUUCAUCAGCGAUUCGUCAACGCCCUUGAUAAGCUCGGUGGAGCACAAGCAGCGACACCGAAGCAGAUUAGAGAAAUUAUGAAUGUUGAUGGUCUCACCAAUGAUGAAGUCAAAAGCCAUUUGCAGAAAUAUAGGCUUCAUGUGAGAAGGCUGACUGAGUCUCCGCCUUCGUCAACCUCAACAUGGGCGCAGCCGCCAUAUGGUGUGAUAAAUGGUUUGGUGAUGAAACCUGCAGGAACUGGUGCGCACUCUAACUCGCCGGAGGGCCCACUUCACCUGGGGCUUCCGGCGACCACCAGGGAGGUUUCAGUGACGGUGACAGGUCUCAACGCCGUGGAGGAAUCUGAGGAAGAGGAAUCCGUGAGAGGGUUUUGAAUUUUGAUGGAUAGAUGGCCAUGGGGAUAUGAUGGACAGUAACUGCUGACAAGCUAGAAGUGAAUUUUGCAGAGAUAAUAUAAUAUAAGCUAAGGUGGCCGCUAAAAUGAGGUGCUGCCGAUGAGUCCUUUUGAUCUAUAGAGAAGGGGGGAAUAUAAUCAAUCUUGGUGGGUUUUCAACUUUUGACAAUUUCAAUUUUCAUACAGUUUGACAUUAUUGACUCCUUUGUUUUAAUCAUGUUUAAUUUUCAGUCCUCUGAUCUUCAUUUAGGGCUUAGUGGGAAGAAGAGGGAUCGGAUUAUUUUAAUUAUCUAAAUAAUAACUUUGUGAAGUUUCUUUAA